AUGGCGGCGACUAACAAUGUCCCCGUGACGCUGGAAACACCCAUUGUCGUCAAGGUCCUGUUUCGCGGCCAGUACAAGAAGUUCAAGCUGCCGUUGAAGGACCUGGGAGCUCACGUUCUCCCCGAAAAGCUCAAUGAAACGCGCACUAUAGACUGCAAUACUGACUCGACUGGUGAUGCGCAGCUUCGCAGCAUCCUUCAGCUCCAGCCUGAAGACAAUGUUGUCUUUGAGCGCUACUCCGACUCGGCUGCUGCCUACGUCACCCUGGACGCGGACAAGCCUCAAGUCUACAAGACGCUCUUCCGCGCCGCAAAGGCGAAGCUGAAGCUGCGCCUUAGGGCUACCAUUCCCGGUGAAGAGCCCCCGGCUCCACCUCCAGCUGCCAUUCCACCCCAUCUGGUUCCCGGCUACGUGCCCUCGAUGCACCGGAUGAGCACCGACACUCUGAUCCCCCAGGCCAAUGCCACCGUCUCUCCCGUCAUUGCCCGCUCACCCGAUGCGAAGCCGAGUCCACCCCUUAGCCCAGUUUCGCCACCAAAGGCCACAGAGGCCAAGGCUGAAGAAGAGGCUCCUAUACCACAGGCCUUCACCGCGCGUCAGAGCUUCUUCCGCGGUCUCGCUACCGCCAACCAUCACUCGGGCCUCGCUUUCCGUCCCAAGCCGAGCAACGCGUGCACUUCGUGGGUCGUGUACUGCAACAACUGCAAUGAGCCCAUGGAAGACGAGCACUUCCACUGCAGUGUAUGUGACGGAGGCGACUACGAUCUUUGCCCGGCCUGUGUAGACAACGGCAUUCACUGCCCCGGAAACAGCCACUGGAUGGUCAAGCGCUUCGUCAAGAACGGCACCGUUGUCAACAGUACCACUCAGCGCAUUGCACCAAAGGUCAAGGCCGAGGAGGAGCAGGAAGUCCCCGGUGCCUUUACCGACGAGAAGCAAUCCGUCACAUUGGAGGAGGAGCCCACUCGCACCUGCAACUGCUGCGUCAAGGUUCUCCCCGAGAAGGACUUCGUUACCUGCGUCUCCUGCGAGGACUACGAUCUUUGCCUCGAGUGCCAUGUCAACAACAAGCACGGACACCACCCUGCUCACACCUUCAAGGCAGCCACACCCGAGACUGUACUUCCCACGCUGGCCGAGUUCCUCUGCAACUCCGGCAGGAAUGUUCGCCACUCGGCCAUCUGCGACGGCUGCGACAAAUUCAUCUAUGGUGUCCGCCACAAGUGCUUGAACUGCCCAGAUUGGGACUACUGCUCCGACUGUGUCAAGAAUGCCAAGUUCAUCCAUCCACGCCACCGCUUCGUGCCCAUCUACGAGCCUCUUGCUGAGCCCUUGGCCAGUGCCAACCGCCACUACGGCAUCUACUGCGACGGACCUCUCUGCAAAGAAAAGGAGAACGUCUCAUACAUCGAGGGCGUCCGCUACAAGUGCGCCGUCUGCCACGACACAGAUUUCUGCCAGAACUGCGAGGCUCAUCCUAGCAACAAGCACAACCACACCCAUCCCCUCAUCAAGUUCCAGACAUCUGUGCGCAGCGUCAGCGUGACAACUGUCAACGAUGACAAGCAAGGCAGGUGCAUGGCCAGGCUUGGUGACCGCCAGGUUGACAGGCGAUCCACGGCCACCGAGACUACUCCCGUCGCACCUUCUACCAAUGCUGCGACUCAGGUGCAGACCAUCGUCGACAUGAAGCCCUCAGAGGUGCCCCAGGUCAAGAAGGAGAAGAUCACUAUCAGCGAUCUCCUCGUUGAGUCUGUGGAGCCUGUGCAGGAGGUCGUAACUGCUAAGCCGAGUGAGGCCGUCAAGACCGAGGCCAUUGCGGUUCCCAAGUCCGCGGUCUCUCUUGAGGGCCUUGACGCGCACUUUAUCCGAGACACCAUUGUGGAUGGCUCUAAGAUUUGCAUGGGCGCACAGUUUGUCCAAACCUGGACACUGCGCAACCCAGGCCCGAAUGCCUGGCCAAAGGGAUGCAGUGUCCGACAUGUUGGUGGCGAUAACAUGCUCAACAUUGACAACACCCGCCCUCUGAGCAAGACUGAUCUUGCUGAAGCUAGCGAGAGCAACAUCCUGACUCAUGCCGUUGAGGCCGGAGAGGAGUUCCAGUUCCGCGUGAUGAUGAAGGCCCCCCAGCGCGAGGGCACCGCCAUCUCAUACUGGCGCUUGAAGACCCCUGCUGGUCUACCUUUUGGACAUCGCCUGUGGUGCGACAUUGCCGUUGUAGCUCCCCGGUCUCCCCCCGUUGCCACCCCUGCCUCGGGCUCGGCCACAACCUACGAGGUAGCGCCCAAGUCAAACCCUCUCUACGAGCGUCUUCUCCAAGCCAGGGCUGAGCGAAUGAAGCACGUCCAGCACACUCAGCAGCAACAGCUGGAACAUCUCAACCAGUUGCAGUUGAAGCACAACCAACUCACCCAGCAGCGCGACCAGGAAAAGAUGGAGCGCAUCCAGCGUAUCCGUAAGGCUGCUGUUGAGCGCGUACUCGAGAACCGCCGCAAGGAACACGAGGCUGCUCUUGCUACGAUCAAGCAGGAGCCCGUACCCUCACCCAAGGCCGAGGUUGCUCCCGAAGAGCCAGCGGCCGAGCUACCGGUUGAGAUUGAGGAGAAGCCAGCGCAGCCAGCAGCUGAGCCCGUGGCUUCUGGCAUGAUCUUCCCCCAGCUUGAUAAGGAGUCUCCUGAGUCUAGUACAUACGAGGCCCCAUCUACCGUUCAGCCCAUGUCUCCCGAAUCUCAGAAGAGUACAAUUGCCCGUACAAUCACCGUUGCCUCUGAUGAUGAGUUCUUCGAGGAUGCCGAGAGUGUUGCUCUCCACUCUGACGACGGUUUCAUGACCGACGAGGAGUACGACAUUCUCGAUGCCUCCGACGAGGAGAUGCCGUGAGCGGAUCAUGUAAGUUGUGCAGAAUGUGUGGUUCAACAAGGAGCGUGCUUCAAUUGGUCUUUCCUUUUUCUCUUCUUGGGGCGCUUAAUGGCGUCUAGCGUUUGGGUCGAUUGUAUCGAUAUCACAACAAACACUCCUUGCACAGAGAAGGCGCUGGUGCGCGCUUCCAAACAUCCCCGACGGGAAUCCGUGAGUUAGGGCGUUUUACCUAUAUCCCCUGGUCCGGUCACAAAUCUCCUAACUACUCGGCUCAAUUUGAACCUUUCCUUGUGUCUUUCAGGUGUCUCCAUGUAUGUGUAAUCAAUCAAUGGUAGUCUUCUCUUUAA